GAAAUCGGAGCCGAGAGCCCCCCUGACUGUUGAGCGCGACAGACACAUCAAUCGGAUCCUGGCUUGCUUGGUUUGAGAUUGUUUACAUCCCAUCAGAACAAGUAAAAAAAAAAAAAAAAAAAAAAAAUCUAAACUAAAGUAGGCUGGAGAUGGAAACCGCUGAUCAGCUCGCCUCCGUGGGGACGUUUCAAGUGCUUAAAUUACCUCUGGGAUUUAUCCGUGUUCUGGAGUGGCUCUUUGCCAUUUUUGCAUUUGCAACAUGUGGGGGCUACUCUGGGCAGCUGCGGGUUAGUGUGGACUGCAUGGAGAAGGCCAGCAGCAACCUCAGCAUUGGCAUCGACUUUGCUUAUCCUUUUAGGUUGUACCAGGUGUCCUUUGAAGCGCCCGUGUGCGAGGGCAUUAGGAGGGAGCGUGUGUUCCUCACCGGAGACUACUCGUCCUCUGCAGAGUUCUUCGUCACCAUUGCGGUCUUUGCCUUCCUGUACUCCCUCGUGGCCACCAUCGUCUACAUCUUCUUCCAGAACAAGUACCGUGAAAACAACCGAGGGCCACUCAUUGACUUUAUAGUGACGGUGGUGUUCUCCUUCAUGUGGCUGGUCAGCUCCUCCGCUUGGGCCAAGGCUCUGUCGGAUGUGAAGCUGGCAACUGAUCCAGACGAGGUGCAGCUCCUCAUCUCCGCCUGCAAAACCCAGACCAACAAGUGUGGCUCGUUGCAUGGAGCGCGCUGGUCUGGACUCAACACCUCAGUGGCUUUUGGGUUUCUCAACUUCGUUCUCUGGGCUGGGAACAUCUGGUUUGUCUUCAAGGAGACCGGUUGGCACAAGGGUGCUGCGAGGUUGGCAGGUGGGCCGUCUGAGAAACAGGCCGGCACCUUCACCCAGGAGCCCUACAACCAGGGUAGCUUUGACCAGACAGGGAGCUACAACACCCAGGGGAACCUUGGCCAGCCGUCUGAGUACAGCCAGGUUGGAGGGCCCACCUCCUACUCCAAUCAAAUGUAGCCGUGCCUUGUCCUUUUGCGAGUGGCACUUCUGCAUUUUUAAACCAGGGCAAUCAGGGGGUGAUAGGGAGGUGGAGGAAAGUUAAGGAUUAUCUUUCAUCCCUGCUCAGUUUGUCAUCAACUUGUCUGUGCAAAAAAGAUGUUUUUUAAAGAAAGGCAUCAGAGGUGUCAAAGAACGACUGCUGUAGAUACAAGUAUUGUUGGGUAUUGUACAAAAUGUUUAGAUAUAGUCUUUUACUCCUUCUCUGUCAGAGGUGUUGUUUGCUGAAUGUUGUAUUUCUUGUACUUUGAAACACAUAAGUGACAGUUUGUCUCUCUGUGCUUGGUAACUGACAUACACUGUUACAGCUGGAUGUCUUUUUCAAACUGGUUUGCACUGUUGUGAACGGAUUAAGUGCUCUAUGUUUGUAUAUUUCGGUGACAAGUAAGUGCAUGAUGUUGUAUGUGUGCUAAUAUGCUCUCUUCAAAACGAGUUUAAAAAGGUUUUUUUUAACUUGUUUUUGUAAUUUUAUCUAUGAAAGUUUACAAAAUUUACACUGCCCCAAACAUCAGUGAAACUACAUGAAAGUGUAUUCAGAUCAGUAUUAUUACGUGUAUAUUAUUUUUGAAUCGAACAGGAACUAUAUUUUGAUAAAGGUUAUUUCUAAUUCACUGAUUCAGAAUAAAACGUCUUGACAUGUCUGUGUCGUUAGUACAAAUCAAGGGUGUAGGUUCAGUCUCAACAUCACCAGGGACACAACAUGGAUGGAUGUUGAUGUUUCCAAUAUAAAAUUUGCACAUGAUGCAAGCUUUCAACCCCCCUCCCUUUCAGUCAACCAAAUCUUAACAUAUCACGCCUAAAUUGGUCUUCUUUGAGAUGUAGCCUCAGAAGAAUAUGACUUCUCUCCAUAGAUAAUGCAGUCUAGUUCAUUCAAAUACUGGGGUAUGUCCCAAUCAUACAAAUGUCAACCAAAACUGUUGGCACAAAAUACAUUCCAGCUCAUUUUGACAAACUUAAAGCAAUAACCAUACUGCAAAAAAACAUAAAUAUGUAUCAUUUAUUGGUUUGUGGGGGGAAAAAGUAAGUAUGCAACCUUUGCAGCAUGUUGUUUCUGUUGUUUCUGUCUCCAUAGUUAACAAUUCUUAGUCACACCUACGCAGACGAUGUCACCAUUUAAUUUGAAUUAUGUCAAGAGGGAGAUUAUCCCCCUCAUUGUUUACAAGUGGCCGCUCCUGCUACAAAUAACUGUGACUGUUUUCUAUGCUAUCCUCAGACUACUGGGAAAUUAUGAACUUAAGUUAUACCUCUCUAAAGCAUGUCCAGAGUAUCCGCUUACACCGCUAAAGCCCUGCAAAAAAAGCACAUUGAUACUGCAGUGAUAAUAUUACAUGAAUAAGUGAACGGUGGGCUCAUCUGUACAUAACUAAUAUUCAGCUUUUGUUGGCUUUAAAAUCACAAUUCAGGUUUGUACAACUUAAAAAAAAAUCUGUGCAAUUCAUGUAUACUAAUGUUUAAAGGAUAAUGCUUGGUUGCUGUUUGUUUACAUUAAUAUGACUUGUGCAACCCUGUUUCUUGACCUCCUAAGCAUGUGGCUUGCAUCAGUGUAAUAAAGCAGAUUGAACACCCAUGUGUGUUAAAUAGUCUGACAUCCAUGAUAAAUGUUUACGGGUCCAUAUAAUGGAGUGUGGAUAUUUUACAUGGCAUUCAUGGUAAUAAAGCACAAUUUUGUCCAUAGUAAACCUG